AUGUACAUAUCAGCUACAUCAAUCACCGAGGACACCAAAUCUAGAAAAAUGUUUAAGAUAAUUUUUCUUGCUGUCAUCGCUGUGGCUGCGGCAAAACCCAGCUUUGCUCCUGCUGCAUAUGUCGCCGCCCCAGCUCCUCUUGUGGCCGCUCCUGCUCCAAUCAUCACCGCUUCGAGCUCACAAUACAUCGCAAGGAACUACAACGGCAUUAUUUCUGCACCUUUAGUGGCAGCCGCUGCUCCAAUCGUGGCAGCACCAGCCCCAUACGUCGCUCCAGCAGCGAAAAUAGUAGCUGCAGCACCUCUCAUCUCUGCUACUGCUCCAUUAUACGCUCGAUAUGCUUCACCUUACGCUGUCAUUUUCAUCUCUACCAUCAUAGCAAGUUGCCAAGCUAGCGGAAUAGGACAUUUCGUACCAGCAGUAAGAUCCUUCCCAAUUGUAAGAUAUGCUCCGUACUUUAAUUUCCCUAAUGGAGUGAGAUCUAUACAUGCUGUAGCUCCUCCACUACCAGCUGUUGCUCCAGCGCCACCAGUUCCGGCGCCAUUGCUACCAGCUCCGUUAUCAGCGCCAGUUUUACCUCAACCUGCAUUACCAGCAUCGUACCUGCCAGCACCAGCAUUUGCUCCUGCGCCAGCUCUACCAGCACCGUUGCCCGCGCCAGCAUUACCAGCGCCCGCAUUUGCAACAGCUUAUGCACCAGCAUUCCGUGCUGUUGCACCAACAGCACAGUUUAUUGCGCCUGUGUUACCGAGAAUAACUCCGGCGUUACCAGUGCUUCCCUCUGCACCAGCGGUAGCACCAACAAGAUUUUUCAACGCAGUCCCCGUCCAAUCAAUUGUGCCGUUUAAUCCGAUUGUAAGAGCUGUUGCACCAACAUACAGCAUAUCACCUUACGCAAAUAACUUUUAUCAUCAUGGAAAAUACCUAAGUCCAGCACACUUUUUACCCGCUCAUAUCGUAAAGCAAUUCGCGUGGAAAUAA